AUGGAUUUGGACGGCGGCGAAUCACCCUGGGGUGACGAACCCUCGACCUCGACCAGACCAAACGAGAGCUCAACAACCCCUUCUACAACCACACAAACGACGACACACGAACCCUCAGCCGUUCCUCAAUCGCCCGCUCGCCGUGGACCCAGAACAGCGCGAAAAGUCAGCGCGCAGGUCACCAAAUUGGAAGCUGUCGACGACACCUCCGAUCCUCUGGGACCGCUAGGAGAAUCAACUAUAAUAGAGGAGGCGCCUACACCACCACUCAAAGAAGCAGUAGGCGUACGAGUUGCGCAGCCAGCUUAUUCGGCGGCGCAAUCAUCGGCCGGGGCACCCGUCGACCGCAGCGAGGAACAGCAACGAACCGUCAAUCCACCACCGGUGCAGUUCCCGGGUGCUGAGGCGACGCAGAAGAGACAGACUCAGCCUAGUAUAAGUAUUGAACAAGCUGCCAAGCCGACGUUCAACAUUACGGUGGGCGAUCCUCACAAGGUUGGCGAUUUGACUAGCAGUCAUAUCGUAUAUCAGAUUCGUACCAAGACAACGUCAAAAGCAUACCGUCGGCCAGAAUUCGAAGUCAGUCGCCGCUACAGAGACUUUCUGUGGAUUUACAACCAGCUACACAACAACAACCCCGGUGUCGUUGUUCCCCCGCCACCAGAGAAACAAGCCGUUGGCCGUUUCGAUACCAACUUUGUAGAAUCCCGAAGAGCUGCUUUGGAGCGCAUGGUUAAUAAGAUUGCAGCGCAUCCGAUCCUUCAACAUGAUGCAGAUCUCAAGAUAUUCUUGGAAAGCGAGACCUUUGGAGCGGACGUGAAGAAUAAAGAGAACCGUGAGCCUGAUCUGGGUCAGAGCAAGGGCAUGUUUAGUUCUUUGGGUAUCUCCGUUGGUGGAGGUGGCAAGUUCAUUGAGCAUGAUGAUUGGUUCCAUGAUCGCAAAGUCUACCUCGAUGCUCUGGAGAAUCAGCUCAAAGCAUUGAUGAAAGGCAUCGACACUGUUGUUGCUCAGCGGAAAGGUCUCGCCGAGGCUGCUGGUGACUUUUCGGCUUCUCUCCAUGCUUUAGCGGCAGUUGAGCUUUCCCCGGUUCUUUCAGGUCCGCUAGAAGGUCUAUCAGAGCUCCAGCUACGGAUACGUGAACUUUAUGAGCGACAGGCCCAGCAAGAUGUGCUUACGUUAGGAAUUACGAUUGACGAGUAUAUCCGACUUAUUGGUAGUAUCAAGACCGCUUUCUCUCAGCGACAAAAGUCAUUUCACAGCUGGCAUGCGGCAGAAGCAGAGCUCCAAAAGAGAAGACACACGCAAGAGAAGUUGCUUCGACAAGGAAAAUCGCAACAAGAUCGUAUCAACCAGAUCAACGCUGAUGUGGCUGAUGCAGAGCGAAAGGUCCAUCAGAGUCGGUUAUUGUUUGAGGAUAUGGGCCGAUUGAUGAGGAAUGAACUAGAGAGGUUCGAGAAGGAGAAGGUCGAGGAUUUCAAGUCGGGUGUAGAGACUUUCUUGGAGGGAGCUGUUGAGGCUCAGAAAGAGCUCAUUGAACUAUGGGAGAGCUUCUUGCUGCAACUCGAUGCUGGAGAAGAAGGGAACCCAUUGUAUCCACCUCAGCCGGAGAAUCAUGAAGAAGAACCAGCAGCAGUCGAGUCUAACAAUGAAUCUGCAACCGAUGCUGAAGAGGAGAGGGCUGCUGCUGUUGCUGCCGCUGUGGCAGCAGAGGAAACACAUUAG